AUGAAGACGGUUAUAAAGAAUGGUUUAGAGAGAGGCAUGGUAUGGUCAUUUCGCCGGUUUAAGGAACCAAUUAGGAGUAAACAGGAGGAGAAAAGUAAGACAGAGUCGGAACAAGAAUCUUUGGACACGCCAUAUCAAGAAAAUGAUUUGGAAACGCUACCUCAAAAAAAUUUUUUGGAAUUGGGCGGUAUUAGUAAGUAUCAAAUGACGAAAAAAAAAUUAGGUUCAUCUAAUGAUGUGGAACAGCUAACGUCAGUGUCUGAAGAAAAAGUAGUAGAUACGAUUAAUCAGUUUAGGAAAAGAUUAGAGGUUAAUGAAGAAAAGACGGUAACGGGAAGUCAAUUGAAGAAAGAUAACGCAACAACAGACGAAGUGAUUAAAAGUAGUCCAAAAGUCAAGAUGUUGGAAGCUAUUUUUACGUCGGCAGGAGAAGAAAUGGAAUGGGAAAAGAUUGAAGAGAAAAUUCUUAGGGAAUAUAUGACGCUUAACAAUGAAUUCGAAAAAAGAGUAAAAGAAGAGAACGGAGAAAGGGAUGUUACUAAUAUUAAUGAAAAAAGAGCUACGGAUGCGUAA